AUGGCUUCAGGUAAAUCCCCUUUUGAUUUGCAGACAUGUGCGCGGCCGAAUAUAUUGAAGUUGCAGCCGUAUAGAUGUGCAAGAGAUGACUACAAAGACGAUGGUACCAAUAUCCUAUUAGAUGCCAACGAAAAUGCUUUCGGUCCCUCUCUACCACUCAAUGGCUCUGCUGUACCCUCGAGCGGCUCCGAAGUACCAUCUAUAGACUUCCUUGGUCUUCAUCGCUAUCCGGAUCCUCAUCAGCACCCGCUGAAAGACCUUCUUUGCCGGCUCCGAAAUACACAUGUACACACUCCAAAAGAUUUAACUCCCGAGAAUUUGUUCGUAGGUGUGGGAAGCGACGAGGCAAUCGAUGCCCUGAUCCGCUGUUUCUGUGUGCCUGGACAAGACAAGAUCCUAGUUUGUCCGCCCACUUAUGGAAUGUAUUCGGUGUCGGCGCAAGUCAACGAUGUUGAUCUUGUCAAGAUACCAUUGUUGCCGGCCCCAGAUUUUGCUCUAGAUGUCGAAUCAAUUUCUUCCACUCUUUCUUCACCCGACGCCAAACAUAUUAAACUUAUCUAUAUUUGUUCUCCCGGUAACCCUACUGGAUCGCUGAUCAGAAAGCAAGAUUUACAAGCAGUGCUGGAACACCCAACGUGGAACGGAGUGGUCGUUAUGGAUGAGGCAUAUAUUGAUUUCGCGCCUGAAGGAUCAUCAGUUGCAGAGUGGGUUUCGGAAUGGCCUAAUCUGGUGGUUAUGCAGACUCUGUCCAAGGCCUUUGGCCUCGCCGGUAUCCGUCUCGGAGCAGCUUUUACAUCACCGCCCAUUGCAUCCCUGUUAAACAACAUGAAAGCGCCCUAUAACAUCCCAAAUCCAACUAGUGAAAUCGCCAUCUCAGCUUUGAAAGAGAGUGGCUUAGAAGUCAUGAGAGACCACAGAGCGGCAAUACUUGAGCAGAGGGAUAGACUUUUGAACGAGUUACCAAAGGUUAACGGCGUGGGAAGGUUUCGAGGAGGCACAGAAAGCAAUUUCUUGCUUGUAGAAAUGUUGGAUAGCCAAGGCAAGCCUGAUAAUGUGACAGCCUUGAGUGUAUAUGAGAAGCUUGCAGAGAAUAGAGGAGUUGUGGUAAGAUUUAGAGGGAAAGAACAUGGAUGUUUAGGCUGUUUGCGUAUAACGGUUGGGACCGAUAAGGAGGUUACGAGAUUUUUAAAGGAGAUAGAAAAUGUUCUUACGCAAGUUCAUAGCGAAGGUGCCGCGACCAACGGAGAGACGGAGGAAAAGAAAGAGAACGAAGCGAACGGAGUGAUAUCGUAG